CAGGGCAACUUGGCAAUGGUCAAUUUGCUGCUGGCGAAUAAAGCCGACGUGAAUGCGGUCGAUAACGAGGGCCAUUCUGUGGUGCAUUGGGCGACGGUUUGCGGUGAAAUAGAGGCUUUACGUUCGGUGUUGGCAGCUGGUGCGAAUAUCGCGAUUUCUGACUUGAAUGGUGGUACGCCGCUUCAUUACGCAGCGCAGAUGUGUGGCGCCAGUGUUGACAGCAAAAUGGGUCAGGCUAAUGCCACUAAGCUGGCAUUUGAGAUACUCGGCAUUCUGCUAACACACCCGCAUUCCAGCGUUGAUGUGCAGGACAAGGAUGGACGCCAGCCAUUACUGUGGGCUGCUUCGGCGGGGUCAGCGAAGGCUGUCGUUGCAUUGGUAAAGGCUGGAGCACGUGUGGAAAGCGCCGAUAAAGAUGGGUUGACGGCGCUGCAUUGUGCGGCUUCGCGCGGUCAUACCGAGUGCAUCGAUACGCUGAUUAGUCUGUGUGGUGCACCCACUGAUCUGAUUGAUUCGAACGGCUGUACGGCGCUGCAUUAUGCGGUGACAUUGGGACAUGCGGAUGCGACGGCACGUUUAUUGGAUUUAGAUGCGGAUCCGAAUCGGCAGGAUCGAAAGGGGCGCACACCGGCACAUUGUGGCUGUUCGAAAGGACAAUUCGAAACGGUUAAAAUGCUAAAGGAGCGCGGCGCUAAUCUGUGGUUGCGAAAUGCUAAGGGUGAUCUACCUGUGCACGAAGCCAGCUCAUCGGGAAGGAGAGAGCUCGUCGAGUGGCUGUUGGAGCAGCGACCCAAACAAGUCAACACUACAAGCAAUGACGGGCGUAGUCUUCUACACAUUGCCGCUCUCAAUGACUACACUGAUGUGUGCAAAACUUUGUUGGACUACGGCGGAGACAUCAACGCCAUAUACCGAAAUAGUAAAGGUAUUGUGUUUACGCCACUUGAUUGUGCUUUGCAAAAAGGUCACCGAUCUACUGCCAAAUUUCUACAGUCACAUGGCGGUUUGCCCUCUAGUAAGCUCCGUUUGGCGGCACGCAGGUCUAAUCCUUUUCAGGAAGUUAGCACUGAUAUGGUGCGUCCGUUGCGAUAUGUGGAAAAAGAAGAGCUACAUGACUUGCAAAACUCUAAGAAGUAUGUCGUGUACUUGAAACACUCGGAUUCGGAUUGUGCUGGCGGGGAAGGCGAUAGUAAUUGUAGCUGUCAUGAAAGAACAUACCGCAGAGAACAGAAGUUUGCACAUACCUGCCGUCGGCACCAGCGCAGCAGGCGACAAGCACGCAGACGCACCAGCAGCUGUGGAGAGCCAAAAGACAGUCAAGGACACGGUAGCGAUGAAGUUGAUAUAUGUCGUUCUAAGAGCAAUAUCGAGAUAAGGCGUCGAAAGUCACGUGAACGCUAUGCGAGUUCAAGCGAAUGGGAUGACAAAGGUGAAGGAAACCAUGAUGACGAUGAAGACUCUUGCGAAAAUUGCUGUUAUCAUAAACGCCAAAAACAGCGGGUCAUACGUAGAAAGUCAAUAUCACGGCGUCGGUCUAAAGAGGGAGGUGAUCGCAGCAGCGAGAAAGAAUCAUCACCGGAGAAACGUAGAGUAAGAGAGGUGGAGGUAGAGCGGGAGAAAGAGGAAAACAUACAAGAGCCAACAUCUAAACCGAAAGAUGGCAAGGAAAAGGAUGCAGGAAGGGUUAGUCGCCAACAAUCUGCAACUACGCGUGCAGCAACAACUAUACUUGGCGACGCAGGAAAGGAAGCAACUUUUAUCAAGUCUUCGGAGAACUUCAAUGCAAAUAUGCAAUCGCAAUCUAUGGAACUAACGGAUGAGGAAGAGAAGCCGGCCGCUGAAUUGGUAACCACAAAAGUCGAUGUGCAUCAUGAAGAGGAUGCAGCUAACCUGCAGCAGGAAGAGGAGACUGAGGAGAAACCACAAGACGAUAAGGUAACGGACGACGAGAAAGAUUUAAGCGUACUGGCAGAUGAGAUGAGAAAAGAAGUCGACCAGGUAGUGAAAAUAGCUGCCCUUGCACUAGAAAGCGAUACGCAGAAUGCUGGAAAUGGAAAUGGUGAGAAAUAUGAGAACAGUGAAAAGCCAGAAGAUGAAGAGGACAAACAGUUAGUAGCACAAGCGGAGGCUGCUGUCAGAACAGAUACUGCAAAAACUGAUGCACCUACACCACAACUCGAAGUGACGGAAGUAACUAAAACCGUACCCAGUGUAAUGGAAACUCCAGCAACGCCAAUACCAACACCAUUGCCAAGUCCCACACCAGUAGCAGCUGAUGAGGCAGCUGCUUCGACUGUUCCCUCCACUAUGCUCGCACAAUCUGUGGAAUCACAUGCUUCCACAACUGAAGUGGAACCGGUUGAAUCGUCAACCAUUCCUACUAGUACCGCUGUGUCGGCUACAGAUGCUACAAAUGUUGCAACUGCCGCUCAAGCAUCGGCGGAUGCACGCGCAGAUGGCGGAGCUGACGUCGUAAAAAAUACAAUUCCAAGUACAACGGCAACCGAAACAGCAUUAGUAACUGACCACACUGCACUUCCAUCCGACUCUACUUCCGAACAACCACAACCACAGCCCCAGCCACAAACGCAAGCACAAAAACCGCGAGAACAAGAAACUCGGCGUUCGUUUACACUAUUGCCAUCGGAUUCAGCUGAAGAUGAUGCAACCGAAGAAGUAGCGCGCAAAUCAAGCUUCCAAAUUUUGAAAAGCGAUGAUUCCGCAGGAGAAGGGCUGAGCGGUGGCGCUAACGGUCACCAUAAAGAUCACGAAUUUAGCGACACUCAGAUUUUUAAAAUAGUUUCUGAGCCACAAACGCAUUUGGGAAAGCCAUUCCACGAACUGGAAGCAAGUUCAGCUGAAGACGAGCAUAGACUUGCAGGUGCCGACUAUGAGCACGAAGAUCACAUGGAUGACGAAGACGAUAAGGAGGAGUUUAGUAAGAGCGCAGCUGACAUUCGCAAUCGUCAUGGUGUGGGUGGUAUUGAGGGCCCUUUACCCGCUAGUGCUGUACUCGGCGUCUACGACUACAGCAAUGGACGUAAGCGUCGCCUAAAGAAGCGGAUCAAGAGUGGACCGAAAACGCGCAGCAGUUGGAAAAGCAAAACCGAUGACGAGGGUGGAAAUGUGCAACAGACUGGCAGCUAUGCACAUGCCACACAAUCAAGCAAAGAUCAGGACUCGGGUUUCGAGCCAAGUCCACGCGCAAUGAAGAGCAAGAUACCGACACCGAGAAAUGUGUACACUGCACAUGUGCCACGUCGCCACAUCUACGCCACGCUCGAUGGACGGUCGUGCAGCAGCCGACUUGAGGGACGAAAGCCGGGCGAUCGGGGUGCAUGCGAUAUGACAGCGGUAACGCGGUCCAUUCAACGCAAUAUCAGGAGGUAUUACAUGGAACGAAAAAUUUUCCAACACCUGCUGGAAUUAAAGUCACUGCAAAUACGUUCGACUAAACUAAAUGAAGCUGUAUUGGUGAAGCGUGCCGUCGACGAUUACCACAAAUCAUGUGCGGCUCUUGGCGGCGAGACUGGCACGCGCCUGCGGCGUUAUCCAUUCAGCGAAUACACAUUCAAGAAUUUUGAGUUGUUCCUCUACGAAACACUGAAAACGCUGCAAAAGCCAGGCACCUACAAUUUUCAGAAUAUCAAUGAGGUUUAUGAGGAGGCGGAACGGCGCUUGAGUCCCGAUUACAACGCAUACGAGAAGGCACUCCAAUGCACCACAAAGACCCACCGUUGCCUCCAUGCGGCACACGCAUACACUGGCAUCCCGUGCGCUGCUUACAUACCCAUGAUGAACCAUCAUACGAUGCCCAAGUUUGGAUUUGGCCCCUAUAAGAAGACGGGCGUGGGGAGUUUCUAUCUGCCAAAGAUACUUACGAGUGGCGGAUGUGGUGCAAGCGGAAGUGGUUGUGGUGGCGGCAAAGUUGCGUUGGAGCUAUCACAUGGCAAGAGCAAACAACUUAUUUCCCUGCCGUCGGACAAGUUGGACAGCAAUAAGCGCUACUACGUCACAUUUACCGUAAAGGAAUCUGGUGGUGGUGGUAUGUUGGGCGCGACGGCUACAGGGAGUGGCGGUGUCACUGCUGCGGUUCAAGGAGAUGCCGGCGGUGUUGUAGCCGAUAAACAGCCAAAUGCAGGAUGCUGCGGUGGCAACGAUGCAACCGGAAAGUAA